AUAGCGAAGGGGCUAGGAGUAGCGGCAACGUGGCCUGGAUGCCCGACCGACCUUCUGACCGAGUCGGCAACUGAACCAGAACUUUACUAUGGUACUGGUUUGAGUGUAAAACAGAACCUCGGCAAAGGCAAUAUGGAUGGUUCGUUCCUCGACGCGAGGAGUUGCGCACGAGCACUCUGGAACGGUAGUUCCGCAUGGAAGGAUGGAAGAACCUUCCAUGCUAGGGCGGACGGACUCACGAUCCCCAGUUUCCAGAGCAAGCACAGACAAUUUCUUGCCUCCGACCCCAGAUUACCGGCAGAGUGUACAGGCAAAAAACGGGUCGCGAAAACGUGGAGAUGA